GACAGACACGAAAGGACCUUGUAAACAAUAGUGUACACAACAGUGGAGACAGGGGAGAGCUGAGCUGAGCCGUGACUCAGUUUUUUUCUGACACCGUGUUGAUGAGGAAGCGACAGGUGGGCUCACAGACGCUGAGCAGCAAAGAAAAAGAGCCGCUCAGGCUGACAGUUAGCCCGCAUGGGAGCAGCAGGACUUUAACCAAACCACACAGGACCACAUGUAGAGCUCUGAGGCUUUCUUCACUUGUAAACACAGGCAGCUGAGGCAUGCCCAGGCACUGCCCAGGCUACAGCAGAGAAGCUCUCAGUGGAUGGGUUGCUGCAGAUGUCCAGCUCUGAGCUCCAAAACACAAUGAGACGUCUGAGCUCAAACUCAGAGGAUCACUCUCGCCUCACUGCUGCCCUCUCUUGUCUGAAGAGUGCCAAUGAAACAGGAGAUGACCUGAUUCCUGACUCAGGCUCCUACGGCUCUGGGCCCCAACAGGACAGCAAUGCCUUCUCUCCCAGUAGCCCACCCUUCAGUUUUCGUAGCCGUUCCAUCCCUGUACAACCCACCAGCACCCACGGUCGCUCCAUCUCCAUAUCUGUGGUACCAUGUACAGACGACCAGAGACCUAACAUAUUACCUGAGGAAAUGACUGAUGCUUUCUCCCUCGAGCCAAGCAGCCCUCUUGCCAGUCGAGCCUCAAAGACACUCACUGCCAAGCCCUCCCACACACCACCACCUUCCCGCAAACUGCUGCAUCUCCUCCCAAACAUUGCACUGACAAGAAGCAAGAGUCAUGAGUCACAGCUGGCAAACCGAAUCGAGGAUCCCUCGACACAGAAAGCCUGUAAGAAGAACAAAUUGUUGACUCCUAUUCAGAUCAAUGGCUGUGGGAACAAGCUUGAGGACUCAUCACUGAGGUCACUGUCUGCUAGGACACUGGGCCCUGUCCCAACCUCAGCACCAUACACGAUGCACGUCUCACCCACCCUGCAGGACAAUGUGGCCAUGCACAGGAGUUCCCCACAGACAAUGAGGAGAGACAUUGGCCUGGCUGUAACACACAGGUUUUCAACCAAGUCCUGGCUCUCCCAGACAUGUCAAGUGUGCAGCAAGAGCAUGAUGUUUGGUGUCAAGUGUAAACACUGCAAGUUGAAAUGUCACAACAAAUGCACCAAAGAUGCGCCCUCAUGUCGGAUAUCAUUUCUCACUUUGCCAGUGAUACGCAGGGCUGAAUCAGUGCCGUCAGAUAUCAAUAAUCGGAUUGAUCACACAGCAGAAAUCCCACCGCAGUUUAGAACUUUGCCAAAGGCAAUAACCAAAAGGGAGCCUGCACCCAGUUUAAGCCACCUGGACUCCAGCAGUAACCCAUCAUCAGCCACCUCCUCCACACCUUCCUCCCCAGCACAUUUCCAGCAGAGUAACCCCCCAAGUGUCAGUGCCACCCCCCCACCCAACCCGUCACCACAGAGCUUCAGGGACAACCGCUUCCACUUCCCAGAUGUUCCUGCUUCCACACACACAGUACAGCAUUCUGGAGGCUACUAUGAGCCUGGAUUGUCACAGGAAGAGCUCAGUGAGACACAGCUAACAGCAGUGCAACAGGGAGAGGAGGGAGACUACCCAGCUGAGGAUGAAGAAGUGGCUGACACAGGAAACAGAAAAAGGAGCUUUUCUACUGAGGAGGGUGACGAGGAUGGUCUGGACGACCUUCCUUCUUCCAUAUGUCGCCGUGCGGCUGUUGGUCGCUCAGGAGGCCCCAUUUCUCGUAAGGUCAGCCAGACCAGUGUCUACCUUCAGGAGUGGGACAUACCUUAUGAGCAGCUGCAGCUUGGAGACCUUAUUGGCAAGGGUCGAUGGGGCAAGGUGCAUAAAGGUCGCUGGCAUGGUGAGGUGGCCAUUCGUCUUCUGGAGAUCGACGGCAACAACCAGGAUCAUCUGAAAAUCUUCAAGAAGGAGGUGAUGAACUACAGGCAGACCAGGCAUGAGAAUGUGGUCCUGUUCAUGGGUGCCUGCUUGGCUCCUCCUCACCUUGCUAUCAUCACCAGUUUCUGUAAAGGUUUGACUCUGUACACUGUUGUGAGAGAAAGAGGUCACAUGCUAGACAUCAAUAAAACCAGACAGAUUGCUCAGGAGAUUGUAAAGGGAAUGGGUUAUCUGCAUGCCAAAGGCAUCAUUCACAAGGAUCUGAAGUCUAAGAAUGUGUUCUAUGACUCAAACAGGGUCGUUAUUACCGACUUUGGCUUGUUUGGGAUGUCUGGAGUGGUACAAGAAGGCCGAAGAAAGAACGUGUUGCGGAUACCACAGGGCUGGAUCUGCUACCUUGCUCCAGAGAUUGUUCAAAAGCUAAGCCCAGAGAUUGAUGAGGACAAGCUUCCUUUCUCCAAUGCUGCUGACGUUUAUGCUUUCGGAACAAUCUGGUAUGAGCUGCAGACUGGAGACUGGCAGAUCACAAACCAGCCCGUGGAAGCUAAAAUCUGGCUGGUGGGCAGCAAUGAGGGGAUUAGGAAGGUGUUGGCAGAGGCCAAUCUGGGCAAAGAGAUCACGGAGAUCCUGUCUGCCUGCUGGUCCUUCAAGGCAGACGACAGGCCGACUUUCACGCAUCUGGCAGGCAUGCUGGACAGACUCCCCAAACUCAACCGUAGGCUGUCUCAUCCUGGACACUUCUGGAAACCCACAGAGUAUGUAUCAUAGAAAGAAAGAGUUUUCACAGUCCGACGUGAACCCGCCUGCAACACCAUUUACAACAUUCAAAACGGGAGUAUGCAUUGUUUCAUUUGGUCAAAACGUGUUUAAAUCUACAUUUUUAUUUCAUGAAAAGAGAAAUUAUAUGAAGCUAAAAGAACCAAGUCACCAAAUAAAAAAUGCUGUAAAUAGUGUGUAAAAAAAUGUGAAUGUUACGAAGUUGUCCUAUUGUGGAUCAACUAAUAUCAAUGGUCAUUUCUAAUGUGACUGCUAUUUUGUAUUUUGGGGAAAGGUCUGGUUGGACUCAAUUUUUUGUACUCAAGGAUGGUGUUUUAGAUGCUCCCUCCAAGUUUCCUUCAUCUUAUUUUCCCCCAGACAUCUUAAUAGUUUCUCACAGUUUGCUAUCUCUUGGCUCCUGCGUUUUCCUCCCUGUCUAUGCUUCUGUUUCUCUGUCUGUUCAUUUGCUCACUUGUUUUCCAUCAUUCCUGAUUUCUGUCUUCUUACUCCAUUCUUUUCCUGGUGAAGGUCGUGGGAUCAUCAUCACUGCCUGAGAGAUCACUGCCAUCAGGGCCUACAUGCACACUGUCCAUACAUGUACAAAUACACCAGCUGAGACGCACAGGUGCUCCUUACAACCGAAACCUCAUUUAUACUAGAACAAGCAAGUGCGGACAAUAUUGUCAAAAAAAACGUUUUUUCAGUGCUUUUGUAUUUUCAGCUGGUGUUAACGUUUAUUCUGUCUUCUUGUUACCUUCAGUCUAUAUGCAGCGUGAUAAAAUCGCCACAAAAAUGUUAGGCAGGCUGAACUUGUGAACUUGU